AUGAGCGCCGUCUUCCCCCCCCCUCCCCCUUUGGCCAGCGAGGCCAAUCCGCUGUGGACUGACGACGCGGCGGAGGAGCCCUGCAUGCCCCCCUCUCGCCGCAUCUUCUGCAACCGCAGCCUGAACAUGGCAGCGGUGAGGGCGGUGGGGUUCGACAUGGACUACACGCUGGCGCAGUACAAGCCCGAGACCUUUGAGGUGCUGGCCCACGAUGAGACGGUGAAGAAGCUGGUGUCCGCCUUUGGCUACCCCAAGUCCCUGCUGGACCUGGAAUUCGACUGGCGCUACAUGAGCCGUGGCCUGGUGAUCGACAAGCAGCGCGGCAACAUGCUCAAGGUGGACCGGCACAAGUACGUGAAGCUGGCCUACCACGGGUUCAGCGAGCUGCCGCGCGCCGCGCGCCUGGCGACGUACAACGACGCGCCGCAGCGGCAUGGCUACGACGAGCCCGCCUACGCGCUGAUCGACACGCUCUUCUCCCUGGCGGAGGCCCACCUCUUCAUGCAGCUGGUGGAGCUGCUGGACGCUGGGGGCAGCGGCCUGCCCCUCGGCAAGCAGUACGCCGACCUGUACCGCGACGUGCGCGGUGCGGUGGACCUGUGCCACCGCGACGGCUCCAUCAAGCGCGAGGUGGCGGCCGACCCGGCGCGCUACAUCCACGCCGACCCCUCGCUGGGCCCCGUGCUGGGCGCGCUGCGCGCCAGCGGCAAGCGCGUGUUCCUGGCCACCAACUCGCUGUGGGACUACACCCACGUGGUCAUGAACUACCUGGUGGAGGGGCGGGUGGGCGCGGCCCGCUCCACCUCCUGGCUCUCCCGCUUCGACGUGGUGGUGACGGGGUGUGGCAAGCCUCGCUUCUUCGCGGAGCGCAAGGACCUGUUCGAGGUGCACCCCCCCUCCGGCAUGCUGUGGAACACCGAGGGCGGGUCGCCCAUGGUGCCCAUCGGCGAGGACGACCUGCCCUCCGCCGCGCUGGGCAGCACCGCGCCCUCCGCGCGCGACGUCGCGCCGCCGCGCCCUGGGGGGGAGGCCCGCGUCUUCCAGGGCGGCUCCUUCCACGACCUGCACAAGAUGCUGGGCGUGGCCGCUGGGAGCGAAGUGCUGUAUGUGGGCGACCAUAUCUACGGCGACGUGCUGCGCAGCAAGAAGGCGCUGGGCUGGCGCACCAUGCUGGUCAUCCCCGAGCUGGAAAGCGAGCUGCAAGGCCUGGCGGAGCGGGGGGGGGACAUGGCCGAGCUACGGCGCCUGCGGCGAAUGCGCGACGCCGUGGACGACCGGCUCCAGAGGGAUAGGCUGCGGGGCCUGCACCAGUCGCUGCUGCAGCGACACCACGAGCACUUCCACCCCGUCUGGGGCCAGAUCGAGAGGUUUGCAUGCUUGUACACCAGUCACGUGGCAAACCUGAUGUUCUACUCGCCUGACAAGAGCUACAAGGCCCGACCGGACACGAUGUGCCACGAGGACGAACUGGCGCCGGCCUCCGAGCUGCCACCCCCUUGCCCCUGA